AUGUUGAUGCUUAAUAUCAGUUCAGCGGCCAAGUUGGUCACUCUGGCCAUGGCCACCUUCAUGCUCGCCUCAUCCACAUCCGCGGCACCCGUACUCAAUCUCCACGGCGGAGGAGAAGACUUCUUACCAGCCAUCGACUGUGUCAAGAUCCAGAGCGACAUCACUCGUGAAAACGUAUCCGUAGUCCAAGGUGAACAAAUCCCGAUCAAGAUUGACGUUACUGGAUGCGACCCUUCUUUGGUCGACAUCGUACAGCCAUGGAUCGUCACUUUUGUCAAUUGUGAGAACCAUGACAAUACCCUCAAGCUGGCCGACAUUAUCGGGGGUGCAGAUCAGAAAGAGUACACCCUUGAUGUCAACACGCAACCCAACACUCUUGCAGCCCUCAACGCUGGUAGCAUUCCAUCGACAAAAACCGGCUCAACCAAGUAUCACAUCCAGGUCGAUGCUAUCUCCAGGGACGGAACCGAGCGUCUUACUGGAAGAACAGCAUCUUUCAACAUUGCAGCCACCUCUUUUUUCCAGAAGCGGGACGAUGGUAUUAUUCCACCUGUCGAUGGCGCUGCUAUUCCCGAGAUCGCUUCACCCGUCGAUGGUGCAUCUAUCCCUGAGGUCGUUGGCGCGGACAAGGUUGAAGAUCUUUCCCCUGCAGCCGCGGCACCACCACCAGCCACAGCCCCUACUGUCGCUGCCACUCCUUUCCCCUCACCCUCACCAGCACCAGCAGUGGUCCCCAACCCAACUUACCCCAACACUCCACCCGAGAUCAUCGACUUAUCGACCGCCGUCACCCCUUCCGGUCCCAACCAAGCCGCCCCCGGUGACCCAGCAGCCCCAAAAGUGAUCCAAGAACCCAAGAAGGGGCCAAGUUCUGCUGAAGUCUUUUUCAAGUAUGCCGGUGCCGGGUCAGCAAUCUUGAGCACUAUUGGGUUGGGAGUAGGCGGUCUUGUAGGUGGUAUUGUUGGUGGUACUGUUGGGUUGGUGAUUGGUAUCUCUGCGGCGCUUGUUAACUCGCUUUACUAUGCUCCUAACGUCGCCUAA